AAAGCGUGACAGAAGAAUCAAAGCGGCAAAAUGUAAAACUUGCUUAUUGCGGGUUUAUUUUUAACAAUUGCCGUCAUCGUGCGCUCGUUUCGUUGGCCCGUUCGCCUCGUAGUUGGUUGUGUGCUCGUCCGCUUGCGUGUGUUAAUUAAAUUUAUUUCAGCAUUUUGCAAUUGCUGCGUAUUUGCUUUUGCGGCAUUUAACUGUAUACCGAAAAAUCCAUCUUCGACUGCAGUUUGCCGUGCGACCGAGUACAGUUAGGACGGCGUUCAAUAGUGCUUUGUUUUUUGCUGUGUGUUUAUUCUUGGUAAAAUUCCACUGGUGGCGCGCAUCAUCAGCAUGGUGUUAACAAAUUUCGAGUGCUGGGCACAUGCAGAUUCGGCGGGCGCGACUGCCGCCAAUUUCGAAACCACGCAGAUGCGACAAACCUUGGAUCCAUUCAAUCCACGUGCAGUCUCUUACGCUGCUGUUCCCCCUGUCGAUGCUCCCAGUGGCGGUCAUUCAUGGCCAUUCAUGAACGAUGCCAACAACAAUGAGCAGCCAGUGGAUGCUGCCGCCGCGUCUGCAGGUCGCUGCAAAAAGCGUUGUAACGGGAAUGAGCCAUCCGAGGACGGGGAUAACCCGAUGCACACCAAGCGCUGCCGCUUCGACGAUGUGGAUCUGGCGGCCCAGUAUUGUAAUGAUUUUUUUUCCCUGCCUGCCACACAAGUAAUUGGAACACAGGCCUGCUUAAUGGAUUACGAGAUGCAGGCCAGCGAUCUUGGCUCUGGGGACAUGAUGGAAGCAGAGCCACAGCCACAGCACCAACAACAACAACACCAGCAGCAGCAACAACAGCAACGCCUUCAGCAGCAUUUUCAAGGUCAUUUGCAUCGCACUAACCGUGAUGUGAGUCGUUGCAUGAUGUCGCACAUGAUUUAGAGAUCUUUCACACAAUAUGAGUAAUGAUAAAUGUAUAUACACCCACUCACAAAAUCCUCUCUUAAAAGCAACGCACAGAAACACAUGCAACAAUUCACCAAACGACGCGUUUCUCUUUGCUGAAUUCACAAAAUUUCCAAUAUAUAACCUGUAAGGAAAAAUCGCAAAAAAAUACACAUACAAAAAUGAAAUGCAAAACCAGACCAAAAAAGGGAAAUUGUAAAAAUAGCAAACGAAUCAAUUGAUCAAUCAAUAAAAAUUCCAAGCGAAUAACUGUACAAACUUAAGAAGAAGAACAAGCCGAACGAAAACAGUAUUGAAAGAUCGUUGGAGUGUACCUGUACUUAAUAUGCAAAUAUCAAGCAAUACUUAAUUAACUUGAACAAUUUGACACUUAACUAAGAGAAGCUAUGCAAUCAGCUGACACAGAAGCAAUAUAUACAUAUGUAGAUACUUAAGAUCGUGUUGUAAUCUGCUUGAAGCGAUUGCUCGGACCCUUUACAAAGUGUUGGGCGUAUUUAGCACUUAAUGAUUUCAAAUUUGUGAAUUGAUUUUGCUGUUCCAUAAAUAUAGUUUAAGCAUUUAGUGUAAGCUGCUACCACCAUAUGUUCAAAAUGUAUUCAAUAUACCCAUUUUUCUCUACCAUAUUUUCUGAACGAGAACUAUAAUGGAUAUUUCGCAUGGAAUGGAACGGAUCGUACAUGCGAAUAGUUGGAAAUAAUGGAAUAUUGUUAAUUAAAAAUAAUAUUUUACAUAUUAUAAAUUCAAAUUUACAUACAAACACGAGAAAUAUUGUUGGGCAUAUCAAUUCCACGAGGAUUGAUGCCUUAAACCCAUCAAUAAUUAUCCCACAAUGAAUAUCCAGUAAUGAAAAUGCUUGAAACACUUUGUGAAAGAUCUAAGGAGCAAACGUAGCAAAGCAGAGCAAUGCAAAUCGAAGUGAAAAAUGCGAAAAACUGAUGGACAAACUCUCUCCACUCUUUGCUCGUUUACAGACCCCAAAGUGAAACAGCAGCGGCUGUACCGGCAGCUCGAGCAGCAUAGAACCAGAAAAGUGAUUGCAAAGCCUCUCACGAAAGUCCACACAAAUUCCAGUGAAGCUGAGGCGGCGGAUCUGUAUAUAGCCACGCAUGGCGGUUGCCUGCAUCACUUCCAAAUGCUGGGCGGCUCAGAGCAGGAGGAGUUUACUAUCUGAACAAUACAAAAUGUACCACUAACCCAUAGGGUUAUCUAUACUUAGUACCCUAACUAACAAACUAGCACCGAUCCGGGCAUUGUUAACCCCAAACCGAAGUAGUCAAGUAAGCUCUCGCAUAUCGCUACCUGAAGGUGCUUAGUGUUUAGGCAUUGAAUUCUAAUAAAUGAACACAAAAAGAGAA